AUGGCCAUGAACCCCGAUCGUGUCCGCAUGCUCCAGGAGAAUGCGCAGGCACCGUUCGAGCCACCACCACCACCGCCUCUGGACGUGACCAAGAUUCGCAUCACAGGUGCCAACAUCCUUGCUCUGCAGCGGCAAGGCCUGGGCAUGGACGGCAGCCGAGACAAUCAAGCUGUCGAUCCCCCAGGCACCAGACAAGCCGCGGACCUCUCUCUGAAGCGGCCGCUCGACCCCGUCAGCGACAAGAGAGUAAAACGCAUCCGGCGGCACGACGGCUGCGACGAUGCAAUGCAGCAACCACCUGUUCUCGCUCCGCCUCCGCCAUCAAAUGAGCACACUUUGUAUCUGACAAAACUCCUCCGCAAUCGAGUCCUGCAGCUGAUUCUCGAGCCAUCCAAGAGGUCCGCCCCAACGGCUGCCGCUGCCGCUGCCGCUGCCGCUGCCGCUGCCGCUGCUGCUAUCACGCAACCGCGUCGAGUUACAGACGCCGGGCUUGUUUUGACGGAACACAUACGAAAUCUCUCAGACUUGCCCAUCUUAGCACUCCCAACCUUGGAGGAAGCACACGGCUCCCUAUACCCAGCCGAACCUUGUCUCAGCCGCAUCGCACACGGAGAGUUGCUAGAAGAUACGAUUCGCCCUGCUGGCUCCGUGCCCCAGCUGGGAUCCGUCGGAUCCGGGCAGUAUUCUCUUCUGCUGGACAAGCACCAGAACAGCACAUAUUGGGCAAUACGGGAAACCCCAACUCACGAGACGUUUGUUGCUUUCUUGAUCUCAUCCUUCGAACCCUCCGUCCCGAAAGCAGUCGCAGCAGCUCUGGCUCACCAGCUGGCCAACAGAGCCCCUGCCCCUGCUAUUCUGAGUCAUGGGGAAAUCUGCCCAAGGAACAUCAUUGUCGACAACAAUCGAUUGUUGCAUGUCACGGGGUGGGACUGUGCUGGCUGGUAUCCAGAAUGGUGGGACUACGUCAAGUUCUUUGAAGCUCGAACCAGUGACAAGAAUAGCGACUGGUACGAAUACGCAGGGGAAAUAUUCGCAGAGGAAUUUCCCAACGAGCUGGCCGCAUAUCAGGGAAUUAUAAUGGCCAUAACAAACACAGCCUUUGCCGCCGAAAAUGCACUUGAGCCGGAAACACGCACAACAACCCCAAUAAGGAGGCAGCAGGCGGAUCCUGGCGACAACGUUCAAGAAGGAUUCGAAGCCGUCAUGUGA